AGUGUAACGCUGCAAGAAAAGGUUGAGCGCACCGAGGGCCACAAUUGCAACGCUGUGCAGGAGGUAAGAGAGAAAUAGGAGCGCGCCACACUUCUUGCGGUUGAUCUGAGGCCUCACCUGGUAUGGAUAGCGUUGGGUUUCUUCUCUCACGUAUGCCAAAGAAUGUCGCCCCACACAUCCCUCCGCGCUACCGCUACUGUACCGAGAUGGUGCGCAAUGGGAUCGAGAAUACGUGUGGGGACUGGGUUCGAUAUGCGUGCGGGCAUUCCGCCUUCGCCAGGCCGGGCGUUUCUUCGUCUCCAUUCAAGGGCCAGGACGCACCAGCUCCGAAAAUCAGCGGAAGCCCGGGGCAGGGGACACCCCCGGGCGAUGACGCGAAUGGAUUCCGGCCCAGACUCCUCCUUGGCUGGCUCCGCGCGCGUUUGCGCGGUGUUGAGUUUGUCCGACGGGUGGCGCGCCCCGUGCCUCGGGCGCGGUUCGUUACUCCUCCAGAGGGCCUUCGCCUUCCUGCGCCGGGGGGCGGGCUACGGAAAAGGUUAGCGGACGAGGGGGCGCCCGAAAUUUUGGCGGAAAAUCUUCGGGGAGGACAAACUCCGACACGCAAGCGGCGCAAGAUAGAGCCCGGGCGCCCUUCGGAGAUCGCGGCGGGCGGUUGCCCCCUUCCCCUGGCCCACGCGGAAGCGAGGCCAGCGCUAUUCGCAGAGCAUGCACGCGUCGAAGCCCCACCGACAAGGAAGCGUCUUGGUUGCGCGAGAAGCAGGGGCAGUCGUGGGCCUUCCCCAGACCGCUCGCGCCGACAUGAUGGCAGCGCCCCUUGAUAUGAGCAGGCGCAUCAUGGUGGGGCACCGGCGCAGGGCCGGGCAUCACUCAGCCCAUGCGCCCCCGCGAAAAAAAGUUUUGCAAUGAUGUAGGCCGCAGGCGGGCAGCAGUCUGUCAAACGCUUCCGAGAAGGCUUCCUUGCCGCGUCAUAUGUACGUAUUGACACAAUGCGUGUAAAGUUUUCGUUCUUUUGUACUAGUUUUUGUUCACGAGAUGGGGUGGGUGUUGAGAACGGAGAGGAAGCUGUGUUUUCCAUUACUGCCGAGCGUGAGGCGCACACAUGAGAGAUCGCACGCACAAAAUGUUUCAGCGUGAG